CAGACAUAACACAGCACCAGAAGACAUGCUAUCAGUAAUUUUGGUUCUACCAGAUCAACAAGAGCUUAACAAGACAUUCUCCAAGGACACGUUAUCAGAGACUCUUCAUUUGUAUAUUGAGGGAGUAACAGAUGUGGUUAUGGCUAAACUUGUAUACUGUGGUCAAGUUAUCCCAAGACGACGAGAGACCUUAUCUGCUCUGGGCAUCACAGGGAACUGUCGCAUCAUCAUUGAAGAAGCAGACUUUGAGGAUUCAUCUGAUGAAAGAGAGUCUGAAGAAGAGCAAUCUCCAGAACCAAAGCAGUUACUUCACAUUACAGAUAUUUCAGACCUGGAGAGACGUCAGUCUAGAGUCUUUGACAGCCUAUUACCAGCAGUUGACAUCACAGUAGACAGAGACAACAUAGUUGAUGAUGUUCUGACCCUCUACAGAAGCAAACCAGACAUUAUCCACCACAGGCUUAAUGUAACAUUCGAAGGGGAAGAAGCAGCUUUAGACCUUGAUGGCUUGACUAGGGAGAUGUUUUCCUGCUUUUUCCUAGCCAUGUUUCUAAAGAUGUUUUCUGGCCGUACACACAAGCUUCCGAUGGUUGAUACACGGACUUUGUUUAAUGACACUUUGGUAAUUGUUGGCAAAAUCAUCAGCCAUGCAUAUGUUUUGUGUAAUUAUUUACCGCCAGCUCUAUCACCAGUUGUUUAUGUAUUGGCAAGUUCGGGGUGCUGUUCUGACGAUCUGAUACUGUCCUCGUUUAUGUCCUACAUUCCAGAAACAGACCAACAGUUAGUAAACUCCCUUCUUUCGCAGCAUUUUGAUGGCAUUCAUGAAGAGCUGGUAAAUUUUAUAUCUACAUAUGGAGGUUACGAAGUGCCAAAACAAUCUGUUAUAAGACAAUCUAUUGUUGACAUUGCCAAGUUAAACAUGGUAGUUGUUCCUUUUGUGCCAAUUGCUAGAAUUAAAGUGGGAUUGGACUGUUAUCCGCUGUUGUGGAAAGGUGUUAGCGAAUCACUUAUUGUAAGUUUAUUGGACAAAUUCAAACCAACACCAGCAAAAGUUAUUAACCUGAUCAGUUACAAGUCUUCAGACAAUGCAACAAUGUCCAUGUUAGAAGAGAGGAUCAAAUCCUACUUAGAAAGAUUUAUCCGUUCGCUUUCAAAGCCACAGCUCCUGGCAUUUCUACGUUUCUGGACUUCGAGUGACACACUGUGUAUCCGUAAACUUAAUGUAGAGUUUAAUUCUACCGAAGGAAUUAACCGCAGACCAAUUGCAAAUACUUGUGAUGCAGUGCUCCAUGUGAGCCGUAUGUAUUUUUCCGCAGAGGAACUUGCUCAAGAGUUCAACCUCCACCUGAAUGACACAUCAGCAAGGGUUUUUGACUCAGUGUAGUUGUGUUUUUGACUAUUAUGUAUUAUAGUGCUUUAAACUAGACAUUAUAGUAGAUUAUGGUGCUUUCUUAGUGCUGUCAUGUUUUGAAAUAUUGUGUUUGUAUGUGUUUCUUUGUAAAAAGUGUGACUCUCCUGUAUACAUUCAUAAUGUUCAUGUAACUAAAAUUAAAAUUAAUUCAUAUA